CUCAAUUAGCUGUCAUCAGUUACUAAAGGUUUGUAGCAGACGGGAUGUCCUACAGGUCUGUGCUCAUUUUGUAGGUUAAGUUGAUGUAAGGACAAGACCGGCUAAUUUUUCCGAAAUUUGAAAGACAGUAUAGCAACCGGCGUCGUUAUUUUACGGGGAGAAAACGAAAUCUUCAGUGCUUUUCAUAGGUUUCGUGGAUUUAUGCUUCAGCUUCCAGCAAAGUUAGCUGAGGCCUCGCUUUUAGCUAACGUGACAUUUCACUGAGGUUUGCUCGAAAACUUAUCAGAUGACCCAGCUUCUUCACUGUAUUCCUGCAGUGGUACAGUAAGCCCUUAACUCAGCAUGCACCCUGACCUGUCACCUCACCUGCACACGGAUGAAUGUAAUAAACUGAUAAAUCUUCUGAGGCAGUGCCACAAUGAGCACAAUGUCAUGAAGUUCUUUGGUUCAUGUAAUGAUGUGGACCGCGCUAUGCGUCAUUGCCUGAAGAAAGAGAGGCUGGAAAAGCGGGAACGCAGUAAGCAGCAUGCACAAGAGAUGAAAAGGAAGCUGAAAGAAGGCCCCAAGGAGCAGCUCUGAAGGACAUUCUAAUGCAGCAUUGACAUUGGAAGUUAAAUGUAUUAAGAUAUUGGGACGUGGGAAAUAAGCCUGACAUCCUGCUGCUGUUUCAUGUCAAGGCAGAGGAAGGGUUAUAAUGUCUGACACACUGUUGAUCUGCAAAGACUAAAACUUGCAGGACCAGGACACUUUAGGUCAAUGUGAAAACAACAGCAUCUAGCACUUGGGAUUAAAGAUUUUUGUUGGGGAUCAUCAUUUCUUUUCCCCUCUUUUAGAAGUACAGCUACAGCUCCAUCAAAGAGAUUAGUGUAGCUGGUGGCAGAAGCUUUUCAUCAAACCGUUAAUUCAGUUGACAGGACACCUCAGGAAUAUUCUGGUACUUGAUUUACUCAUGAAAACAGGGACAGUACAUUUCAGGGUACCAAAGAUGUUUGGAAAAAGAAAAACAAAAAAACCACACACACACACAAAAAAGACUCAAAGCGUGAUGACCAGCAGCUGUGUUGCUCAGUGUGAACAUACAUAUUGAACAAAAUCAAUCUUGUUUGAAAGUUUAUUUGAAUGGGGAAUCAUAUUGAUUCAUACAAGUUUAAUUUCUUUCAAAUAAAAUAAGUUUAUGUUUA